AAGGUACAUACAGAGCGUAAGACAGUAUCUUUUCCUUUCUCGCUCUUUCUCUACAUCUCCGCGUAUCCCAAGUUUCUCUCUCUACCUCCUCCUCCAAACUCACUCGUAUGCCCAUUUUCUGAAAACGCUUUUCGAGAGGGUCAGUUUCCUUUCCAUCUUUUCCGCAGUGCUUCGAUUUGUGCUCAUUUUUACUCUGUAAGUUUGAGCGCUGGUCCUGUACCGUGCUUCCUUACCAGCAUUUCAUCCAUAAAUGGGCUGUUUCGUCUCUCGGCCUAGAAGAAAGUUUCCUGCACAGGAGAAGACAGUAACUCUUGCAUCAGAAACUGCUUUUACUGUUAGUGAGGUUGAAGCACUGUAUGAGCUUUUUAGGAGCAUCAGCAGUUCUGUUAUCGAUGAUGGACUGAUAAGCAAGGAAGAAUUUCAAUUGGCAAUCUUCAAAAACAAGAAAAAGGAGAACAUCUUUGCAACUCGGAUCUUUGAUCUCUUUGAUGUCAAGAAGAAGGGAGUCAUUGACUUCGAAGACUUUGUUAGAUCGCUCAAUGUUUUCCAUCCAAAUGUGUCAUUAGAAGACAAGAUAGCCUUUUCAUUUAGGCUCUAUGAUUUGCGCAAUACUGGCUUUAUAGAGCGUUCAGAGGUUAAAGAAAUGUUAAUUGCACUUCUUUAUGAAUCGGACAUGAAGUUGGCAGAUGAUGUCAUAGAAACAAUUCUGAACAAGACUUUCUUGGAAGCUGACCUAAACGAAGAUGGGAAAAUAGACAUGGAAGAGUGGACAAAUUUUGUUGCUAAGAAUCCAUCACUAUUAAAAAUCAUGACCCUACCUUAUCUGAGGGACAUAACAACUUCUUUCCCAAGUUUUAUUUUUAACUCUAACGUGGAUGAAGUUGCUGCAUAAAGUACAAAGCUUUUAGGUUAUGGGAUUGGUGGGAAAAUUGGAUGUAUUGUGUAAGAGUGAAAUAUAGGGAGCUUUAUUUGAUUAGUGAAGUUAGCCUUACUCGGUAAAUUGUAAAUGAAGUUGGCAUUAAAUUUUUCUAGUCACAUUUCAUGCUAGUGCUUGUUUGGAGAACCUUAUUUUUUAAUAGAGAUGUUUGACAAGAGUUGCAACGAAAAAAA